UUAACCGCCUCGCUAAUCCGCGAUUCGGUUUUUCACUAUUCACAGUCUCCCUCGAAAGCUUACACUUCACGCACCUCUCUCUCUCUCUCUCCCCCUUUCAGGCCUCUGUACAAAGGCCAAAAAGAAGGAGAAGGAGAAGAAGGAGAUGCGAAUGAGCUGAGCUGCAGCCGAGCUGAGCUCUCUUCCACUUCACUCCUCGCCGGUUCUCCGGCGCCGCCCCGUUCGAUCCCCGGCCGGCGAUGGUCCCUCCGCCGCGGCUCCUCCCCCCCGCCGUCUGAGCCGCCGCCGCCGCCGCCGCCGCCGCCAUUCUUUCCCCCCGGGAGAAGCCCUAAAUCCUCCCUCUCCCGCCGGCCGCCAUGUACCUGUCCGAGAAGCCUCGCCCGAUCGAUUUCUACAAGGAGGAGUCCGCCCCUCGCGACAUGAUCAUCGAGGUCGUCUCCUCCAACGGCGACAUCCCGCCCCACCACCCGCACCCGCACCCGCACCCGCACCCGCACCAGCACCAGCACCCGCACCCGCACCAGCACCCGCACCAGCACCAGGCGCCGCCCGCGCCGCCGCCGCCGCCGCCGCCCCAGCCGCACCACCAGAUGAUCCUUGGCGAGAGCAGCGGGGAGGACCUCGAGGUCAAGGCCCCGAAGAAGCGCGCCGAGACCUGGGUGCAGGACGAGACCCGGUGCCUCAUCGCGCUCCGCCGCGAGAUGGACUCGCUGUUCAAUACCUCCAAGUCGAACAAGCACCUCUGGGAGCAGAUCUCGUCCAAGAUGAGAGAGAAAGGGUUCGAUCGUUCCCCGACCAUGUGCACGGACAAGUGGAGGAACCUGCUGAAGGAGUAUAAGAAGGCCAAGUACCAGGAUAGAGGGUCCGCGAAGAUGUCGUAUUACAAGGAGAUUGAGGAGAUUCUGAGGGAGAGGAGCAAGAAUAAUCAGUAUAAGAGUCCGACGGCCUCGGCUUUGAAGGUCGAUCCCUACAUGCAGUUUUCUGACAAAGGCAUUGAGGAUGCUGGGAUGACUUUCGGACCUGUAGAAGCAAGUGGUAGGCCGACUCUCAACCUUGAAAGACGUUUGGAUCAUGAUGGGCAUCCUUUGGCCAUAACUACAGCUGAAGCAGUCGCAGCUAAUGGAGUUCCACCUUGGAAUUGGAGGGAAACCCCUGGAAAUGGUGAGAGUCAGUCAUAUGGUGGGAGGGUCAUCUCAGUGAAGUGGGGUGACUAUACCAGAAGGGUUGGUAUUGAUGGCACUGCCGAUUCCAUUAAAGAGGCGAUCAAAUCUGCUUUUAGAUUGAGAACCAAACGAGCAUUUUGGUUGGAGGAUGAAGACCAGGUAAUACGAAGUCUUGACAGAGAUAUGCCUUUGGGAAAUUACAAUCUCCAGCUUGAUGAAGGACUGGCCAUAAAAGUUUGCCUAUAUGAUGAGUCAGGGCAUAUUUCAGUUCAUCCAGAAGAUAAGAUUUUCUACACGGAAGAUGAUUAUCGUGAUUUUCUUGCCCGAAGAGGGUGGACGUGUUUGAGGGAACUUGAUGGGUACAGAAACAUUGAUAAUAUGGAUGACCUACGGCCUGGUGGAAUCUACCGCGGUGUGACAUGAGGCCUGCGGGCUCUAAUGUGAGGGGAACUUUGUAAUUAUGACCAUGAUGGAGCUGAACCGUGACGUUAAAUUGUGUAUAGCAUCUUGGCACGAGAUGUUAUUCGAUUAGCAGUGUGCUGAGGCAUUUCAAAAAUGUAUAUAUCACUCCCUGGAUUACCGAAAUGCUGUUGACAUAACUGCCUUUUUGGCCUGUAACAAUGUUGUAAUUACAUUUGGCUUUCCUCUGAAAA